AUGUCGAAUACGCUGAUGGCUACUGCACAGUUCAAGGCCUAUGGCCAAUAUCCCAUCGCAAGGACCUUUGCGGCCACCGAUUCAGUGCCCGAACUGCCCGAGUCAGAAGAUCCCGCCUACAGCGCCGCCUUUGAUGCAGAUCCUUCGGUCCGGAGGCAUUCUGCCUGCGAUGAGUGCAGAAAGCGCAAGUUGAAGUGCUCGGGCGAGCCCACCGGCUGCGAACGAUGCGUCAAGCAGAACCUGACCUGCCAUUACUCGGCCCAGAAGCAGAUGGGAAGACCGCGCAAGAGACAGAAGACCGAUGACUUUCCCCAAACCACCGAAAUCCCCUCUGCGAACCUGCCUCUUUUCAAUGGUGCAUUACAGUCGACUCCGGUUCCUGCUCAUCUUCAGCAUCAUCCUCAUCACCAUCCUCCCCAGCCGCCCGCUGUUGUGGAAUCAGCGAUCGACCCGGAACUCUCUGAAAAGGCCGUUGAGCGGACAAAUUUUGAGAACAUCUGUGUUGCUCCCAUCACCCAGUCUAUCAAAAGAUCCAGCCACGACGCCCGGGCAGCUGCGGAAAGAGCAGGUUCCUCAAAUACCGGCAGUGGCAGCGGCAGCAGCAAGUUGCCUUUCCAGAACUCCAACAGCACUUCACCAUACGAUGGGCCUCGUACGCCCUCAGUCGCAAGUGACGUUGUGUCCAAGGUCUCUUAUCCAACCGACGUCUCGCUGUGGCCUGACUUUAGUGACAUGACCAUGCUUCCAAUGCUGGUGCAAGACAGCCAUGAGCACGAAAAGGAACGUUACUCUGCUCACAACACGAACUCCGACUCUUCUAUUUCCGCUGCCGCAGAAUCCGGGCCAUAUUCCAACCAUCUUUCCGCCCUCGACGCAAAUCCGAGCACGCUAACACAACUUCCCACCAUUCCAGCUUGCCCCUGCCUACCCAACCUCUAUCUCACCCUGUCAACUCUGUCAACCCUGUCGGCAUUUCCUGUGUCGUCGGGUAUGAUCGAUACCCUCCUCGCCGCACAUCGUACUGGUCGCUCGGUUAUUUAUUGUCCCAUUUGCCCUCGCGCGCUGCAGUCGGGUUCUCAAAACGUAUUUCUGAGCGCCAUGUUGAUUACUGUGCUUGCAGAUCAUUGGCACCGCGUCAAAAGGGCCAGUGCAAAAGAAUUGAAAAUGGGAUUUGGCAGCUCGGAUUCAGAACCACCGGACACUGUUGCGGAACCCAUGGGUAUCCGUGAAGAUCUCGAGUGGCGCACAUUUGGAUAUCAUCUAAUUCGAGCCUACGUUUUUGGCGACCAAGCGAUCCCCGACACGCCCAAUGCUUCGUUCUCCACCACUCCUUCCAGAAAAGCACAAAUCCUACUCACGCAUAUCUCUUCCGAAGACAGCGACACUUCCACAAUAUACACGCUUGAAUCACUUGUGUCCGCUAUCGAGCGGCGUCAGAAACAAUGGCAUGACGUUGAACCCUUUUGCAACUCUCAGGAGUUCCCGCCUAGGUUGGAUCACAAUCAUGUGUAUGGUGACACCCAUGCUCACGGGCAUGGAUUACCACAAGGGUAUGCCCCAGGGAUGACACUCGAGGACAUCAAGAAGUGCGAGGACGAGUAUCGGACGAGUGGUGGUGGCGACGACGGACUGCUGUGCCUGAAGAUUGUGAAGCAUUCCAGGAUCAUCCUGAGGACUUUGGAGGGAAGCGUACCGAGGAUCGAGGGAUGA